AUGUGUUUUAAGAAUUCAGUAUUUGGGAGUUGUUUGAUGCUAGUUGCGUUUACGUGUUGGAUUAACGCGAACAUCAGCGAAGCAUUCGGGACAUUUGGAUUGGAUUUACACCACAGAUAUUCCGACACCGUCAAGCAAUUCUUGAAUGUGGAUGGGUUGCCGGAGAAGGGUACGGUUGACUACUACACCGCCAUGGUCCACCGUGAUCGGCUAUUCAAGGGCCGCCGCCUCGCUGCCGCCUCCACCCCCAUCCUAACUUUCGUUGGUAUUGGUGGCAACCAGACUUACAACAUGUGGGCUCUUGGAUACUUGCAUUAUUCAAUUGUUAACGUGGGUACUCCUGCUUCGUCGUUUCUCGUCGCACUUGACACCAACAGUGACCUAUUCUGGGUGCCAUGUGAUUGUAAAACUUGUCCGCGUUACUUCAACAUGACCGACGAAACGAGAUUCGAACUAAGUAUAUACAGUCCAAGUAAUUCGACAACUAGCUCGCCACUUCCGUGCAAUAGCACGCUUUGUGGACCCACAAGAACGUGCUUGGCCAGGUCUAAUACUUGUGCAUACCAACAAUUAUACGGGGCUUCCUCGAGUACAGGAAUAUUAGUCGAUGAUGUCUUGCAUUUGGGUUCAGAUACCAAUCCACAAGACCCUGUUGAUGUCUCGGUUACAUUCGGAUGUGGAAAGAAUCAAACGGGUUAUUUCUUGGAAAGCGGUGGUGGAAUUAAUGGUGUAUUCGGACUUGGUAUGGGCGGUAUAUCCGUUCCUAGCAUUCUAGCUAGCAAAAGUGUUACUGCAAAUUCUUUCUCCAUGUGUUUCUCCGACGAAUAUUUUGGUAGAAUCGAAUUUGGAGAUAAAGGGAGCCCCGAACAAAAAACAACUCCCUUCAAUGUUCAAAAAUCAAACCCAACUUAUAAUAUAACUGUGAUACAAAUUGGUGUGGGUAAUAAUGUGACAAAUCUUGAGUUCACCGCAAAUUUCAACACCGGCACUGCAGUUACACACUUGACCGAUCCAGCUUACUCGUUUUUCGUGAACAAUUUCAAUUCUCGCAUAACCGAGAAACGUUAUCACUAUCCAGCCGACGCUGCUUUUGACCAUUGCUAUGUACUCCGGUACUUUUAA